GGGGUUGCCAUAGGAGCGGUAGUGACAAAAGCAAGGGAGUCUCCAGGGCCUGUGUGGAGGGAAGGAGCAGAGGAGGAGUUUCGGCAAGUUUGAUCUGCUGCUGCUGCUGGAAAAGUUGCUUGUGAAGGGAAGGGAUGUUGGGAAACUGAGCACAGCUGGAUCCAUGGCGGUAGAGAGGCUGGGAUCGCCAUGGUGGAGGUGGCGGAGAGGCUAGGCUGGGCAGACCUUUGAAUGGCACCAACUGACCUCCAGAGAGCACCGCCCAACUGACCCACGGGCUGUGGGGAAACUCUUCCCACAUCUCCAAGGAUGCUCUGUUUGCUAUUCCUACUGCUGGUUGGCUUUUCCUGUUGCUCCAGCUCAGAAGUGAACCCUGCAAUAUGUCGAUACCCUUUGGGGAUGCACGAAGGGACAAUCCGAGAUGAGGAUAUCACAGCUUCCAGCCAGUGGUAUGACUCUACAGGACCACAGUAUGCACGGUUGCUAAGGGAGGAAGGUGAUGGGGCCUGGUGUCCGGCUGGCCUCCUGCAACCAGAGGACGUACAGUUUCUCCAGAUAGAUCUGCAUAAACUCUACUUCAUCACGCUAGUGGGAACGCAGGGGCGGCACGCACGAGCAACUGGGAAGGAAUUUGCCCGUGCUUACCGGAUCAACUAUAGCCGCAACGGGGAGCGCUGGCUGUCUUGGAAGGACCGUCAGAACAAGCAGGUGAUUCAAGGAAACAUUGACACUUACGACGUUGUUCUGAAAGAUCUGCGCCCACCUGUCAUCGCCCGCUACAUCCGAGUGAUCCCCGUGACCGAGCAGCCCAUGACCGUCUGCAUGAGAGUGGAGCUCUAUGGCUGCGUUUGGUUUGAUGGCUUGGAGUCCUACACCAUGCCGGAGGGAGGCAUGAUUGCAGCUCCUGGUUACCCCAUUGUUUACCUGAAUGACUCAACCUACGAUGGUUACCAAGAACGCAAGAUUUUGCAUAGUGGUUUGGGGCAGCUGACGGAUGGAGUUCUGGGCCUGGAUGAUUUCACGAAGAGCCACCAGUACCGUGUGUGGCCGGGCUAUGACUAUGUCGGCUGGAGGAACGACAGUUUCCCAGGCGGCGCUGUGGAGAUGGAGUUCCAGUUUGACCGACAGAGGAACUUCACCUCCAUGAAGGUCCACUGCAAUAACAUGUUUUCCAAGGGGGUGAAGAUCUUCCAGAGGGUGGAGUGCUUCUUCAAGCUGCGGUUGAUUGCAGAGUGGGAGUCUGAGCCCGUGGGUGUGGACACUGUCCUGGAUGAUAAAAAUCCCAGUGCACGGUUUGUGACUGUCCCCCUCAACCAACGUGUGGGCAAAGCCAUCCUCUGCCACUUUUACUUUGCUGACACCUGGAUGAUGAUCAGUGAAAUCUCCUUCCAAUCAGCAGACAUGGAUGCUGUCAACCCCACUGUGGUCACUGUGGCUUUAAGCACAACAAUGGAAGUGUUCUUAUCGGAGGAACCCAAUGUGACGGAGGGGACUUGGGGGACCACCAUAUUGUUUGCCACGAGCCCCUGGACCGCACCCAAAACUGAGGAAUCGAGCACCUCCAGCUUGGUCGGCUGCCUUGUGGCCAUCAUCUUGGUUCUCCUCAUUAUCAUCAUCGCCAUCCUGUGGAGGCAGUACGCCCAGAAGCGGCUGGAGACGGCUCCUCGGCGAAUCCUGGAAGAAGACGCCACUGUCCGACUGUCUUUCUACAGCUCCAGGAUUGUCAGCGGUCAGACACAGAUCCACCAGACCAACCCCACCUACGAGAGGGUCUUCCCAUUGGACCUGGAAUAUCACCAGCCCACCACCAUGCUCCAGAAACUGCCUGAGCUCUCCCAAAGUGCUGAGGACUCAGCCUGCAGCGGUGAUUAUGCUGAGCCCGAUCUCACCAAAUGCACACCUCACCAAGGCUUCCAGAAUAAUGUCCCACACUACGCCGAGACGGAUAUUGUCAGCCUGCAGGGUGUGACUGGCAACAACACGUACGCUGUGCCGGCCAUCACUGUUGACUCCUUGACCAAGAAGGACAUCUCCGUGGCUGAGUUCCCGAGGCAGCAGCUACGGCUGAAGGAGAAGCUGGGGGAAGGGCAGUUUGGGGAGGUCCAUCUGUGCGAAGCGGAUGGUGUUCUAGAAUUCCUGGGUCGGGGCUCUGCAGAGGCCUCCAGCAGGGCAGUCUUAGUAGCUGUAAAGAUGCUCAGAGCCAACGUCACCAAGACAGCCAGGAAUGAUUUUCUAAAGGAAAUCAAGAUCAUGUCCCGGCUAAAGGACCCAAAUAUCAUCCGCCUUCUGGGGGUGUGUGUACGGGACGAUCCAUUGUGUAUGAUCACCGAAUACAUGGAGAAUGGGGAUCUUCACCAGUUCCUGUUGCAGAGGCAGAGCAGAAGCACCUUUACGCUCUCCAAUAACAUUCCCUGUGUCAGCUGCCUCCACCUACUGCUCAUGGCUACCCAAAUUGCCUCUGGCAUGAAGUAUUUGGCUUCCCUCAACUUUGUGCAUCGAGACUUGGCUACGCGCAACUGCCUGGUUGGGAACAACUACACCAUCAAGAUUGCCGAUUUUGGCAUGAGCAGGAAUCUGUACAGCGGUGAUUACUACCGGAUCCAAGGCAGGGCUGUGCUGCCUAUCCGCUGGAUGGCUUGGGAGAGUAUCCUCCUGGGCAAGUUCACCACAGCCAGUGACGUGUGGGCCUUUGGUGUGACUCUGUGGGAGAUGUUCACGCUGUGUAAAGAGCAGCCCUACAGCUGGCUCUCGGAUGAGCAGGUCAUCGAGAACACAGGGGAGUUUUUCCGAGACCAAGGCCGUCAGGCUUAUCUCUCCCAACCGCCCCUGUGUCCAAAUCUUGUCUUCUCCUUGAUGAUGAAGUGCUGGAGUCGAGAUAUCAAGGACCGCCCGGCAUUUGAGGCCAUCCACCUGUUUCUGGUGGAGCAAAUGGACGGGAGCAUUUGA